UCCUCGCCAUCGGGUGUCGCUGUUGUUUUGUGUGUGUGUGUGUGUGUGUGUGGAGGGUGAAUAUAUUUCCGUUUUGUUUUUUUAAGAUCCGCUUAACUGACAACAAACAUGGAUGCCAACUGCACAUUGGUUUGCUGUGAAGAGGAGAGAGAAGACGAUAAAGCGACUAUUGUUCAGUUCUCUAACGGCGCCCUGAGGAACACACAGCAGCUGGACUUCAGCUUCUAUAAGAACGUGGACGAGACCAACCCUAGGAAGAAGAACCGACGCAUGCUGGUUGCAGAAUCAGACAGACUCUCCUAUGUUGGUAAUAACUUUGGAACGGGAUCCUUAAAAUGCAACAACCUUUGCAAGUAUUAUGUCGGGGUGCUGAACAAGGAGACCAUGAGGAUGGAGGUGCACAACGCUCAACUCUUCAACAUGCAGCCCGUCAUCCCAGGGGAGGCGUCUACAGAGAAUGAUGCGUCCCAGAACACAGAUCUAACAUACAGGGAAAAGGUGGACUCUCUGAUCGAGGCGUUUGGUACCAACAAGCAGAAGAGAGCUCUGACCUCCAGGAGACUAAACCAGGUGGGCAGUGAGACCCUGCAGAGUGCUGUAGCAAAGGCUGCCCACACCAUCAUAGACCAGAAGGGCCUGGAAGCCCUUCAGCAGGAGGUUGUUCAGGCAGAGUCCCAGUCUGAAGUGUCUCAUUACCUUCCUCCCUGCUACCCCGACGCCGACACACCUCAACAGGUCUACCUGUUUGACGACAUCCUGUCUCCGGUGGAGUACGAUGUCCUGGAUGCUGCUGGCUCCAAGAUGGCCGCCCUGACCCCAGAGGAACUACAGAACUUAACAGAUGAAGGGUGUCAGAGCGUGGUGCGUCAGUUGGAGAGCCUGCCCAGAGAGGGCGUGGCCAGAGAGAGACAUGCUCGCUGUGCCUUCUACCUCCUCCUGCUGCUCAAACUGGCACGGCAGAAAAACAUGACUCGCAAGUUCGGGCAGGAGGAGGGCUGCCCUCGUAUCAUCCACAUCAAGCUGAUGAGGACCUUCACCGUGGAGACCUUCAAUAACGGCAGGGUGCAGAACGUGGUGUCUACGUCGAUGCGUGUGAAGGUGGCAGCGUACUGCCUGGCCCUGCUGCUCCACAUGGGAGACAUGACCGCUGACCUCACACUGUUACACAGAGACCUGGGGGUCACAGAAAAACGGAUGGUGGAGGUGGCCAAGUCGAUGGGGCUGACCCUGUCCAGACACGGCUGUGUGACGGGGGACGACGACGGUCCGAAGGCUGAAAACAGACUGGCGUCUCUGCAGCUGCCCCUCGUCAAAUACCACACGUUCACGGAGAUACGCAAACGCAAAAAAAUGCAUUAGAGGAAGACGAGGAAGACGAGGGGAAACGCUUCCAAAACACACCGACAGCGUCGUCUGGUUAUGUCUGAAGUUCAACGUUCACCUUUCUGCCAAGCCGUCUGCAGCAGACAGUCUGAUACAGCCAACGUGACGCUCCACCCAGAACGCACUGCUCAGCGUUGUUUACUGGAGAUGAAUGUACGUCUGGGUCUACCAAAAUGUAAUGACUCUGUCGGUGUGAUUGAAGUGUAAGGAGGAGGGGAGGAAGACAUGGGGUAAGGAGGAAGAGGAGAGGGUAAAUAUUCCUAGAGAGGGAGGUGAGGAAGACGGGGAUAAGGAAGAAGAUGGGAGGAGAGGAAGACCGGGGUAUUGAGGAAGAGGGAAGGGUAAAUAUUCCUAGAGGGGAGGUGAGGAAGACGGGGAUAACGAGGAAGAGGGGAGGAGAGGAAGAGUGAAGGGGAGAGGGUAAAUAUUCCUAGAGAGGGGAGGUGAGGAAGACGGGGAUAAGGAGGAAGAGGGUAAAUAUUCCUAGAGAGGGAGGAGAGGAAGAUCGGGGUAAGGAGGAAGAGUGAAGGGGAGAGGGUAAAUAUUCCUAGAGGAGGAAAGAGGGUUAGAUAAAGAUGGAUACUAGAAACCCUCCUCACAGUAUUCUGUAAACAAAUACAACAUUUAAUGUAAUAAACUGAGUUCAGGUUGUGUGUGAGUUCAUACCGCUCUGUCAGAACAUCAUUUAAUGUAAUAAACUGAGUUCAGGUUGUGUGUGAGUUCAUACCGCUCUGUCAGAACAUCAUUUAAUGUAAUAAACUGAGUUCAGGUUGUGUGUGAGUUCAUACCGCUCUGUCAGAACAUCAUUUAAUGUAAUAAACUGAGUUCAGGUUGUGUGUGAGUUCAUACCGCUCUGUCAGAACAUCAUUUAAUGUAAUAAACUGAGUUCAGGUUGUGUGUGAGUUCAUACCGCUCUGUCAGAACAUCAUUUAAUGUAAUAAACUGAGUUCAGGUUGUGUGUGAGUUCAUA